AUGAUAAAAAUUUUAUUAGGAUUUUUUCGAAAAAUCAUUUUUGUUGAUUUUAUAAUUUUAAUGUGGAAAAUUUAUUGACUCCUUUGAUCCUUGGCUUCAUCAUUGAAUCUUUUGGAAAACUUUGGAGAUAUAUAUUUGACAAAUGGAGAAUUUGUAGAGUUCCCACUAUCACGUUAUUUUGAAGGAAAUAAUUUAACUUUCUCACUUUCUGGUUCAAACACAUUAAAUAAAAAACCAGAAUUGAAUAGCAAAUUUGACUUGCAGCUUUUUGCUUUUAUUCCGAAUUUAAAUCAAACAUAUAAAGCUCAAGAUAAGCAAUUUUUAAUAUGAAAUCAAAACGGUGAUGAGUUAAUAGCAGAUUUUUUCCAAAAUGAAAUAAUUAUUUACAAAUUUUCAUUUCUUUUCCAAAAUUAUACUGUGGUAUACAAUUAUAAAAUCGAAAAUCAGUACAAGAACACAUAUAUAGAGGACAUUAGAUUGAUUACACCUUCAUAUAUUUUUUACUAUCUGCUAAUACAUGUCAGGCAGCAAGAGAAUUUUGAUGAAAAAUUGAUAUGAAGGAAUGAUAUUUAUGUGCUUAACCUGGUAAAUCUUAUAAAUGAAUAUCCAUUAUGAGUAAAUAUAAGUGAAAUAACAUAUUCCUCAAAAAUCAUAAUAGGCUCUGGAUCUAUAGCAUAUUGCUUGCCUAUUUAUUUUGAAAUAGAUAAUGUCAAUACUCUCAACAUUUAUAAUAUUGAAAAAAUAUAUAACCCUAUACUUUUACAAAAGAUAAACAAAUACAGACUUUUCCCAGACAAAAAUAUGAAGGUUUUAGACGUUUUAAUGAGAGAAAAUUGAUUUUUUACCGUUAUUGAUGCCAACAUAGGGAUAAUAUUUUUUAAAAGAUUAUUAUUGAAAGAUGGGCUUUUCAGAGAGCAAGGAUUUAUCAGCCUAGAAUAUUUAAGCCCUUUUAUUGUACCAUGAAUUGCCAUUGAAUCUAAAAAUAAGUAUAUAUAUAUAAACACAAAAGCAGGAAUUUUUAUUGUGGAAAGCCCAAGUCGAAUAAUUGAAAUGAUACCAAAUAUAGAAAUUCAUGGAAAAUAUUUGUCUUUUAGUUUAUUUCAACAAACCAAAGAAUACUAUAUUGCUCAGGCUUCAUCAAUCUUAUCAAUAAUAUCUGGCUCUACUUCAAAAUAUAGAUUAUCAGAUAUUGAUUUAAAAGAAAAAAUUGGAAAAGAUUUUGAAAUGCAUGGAACAGUUGGUAUUUUUGAAGAUCAGAUAACUAAGAAUAUAUAUUACGUAAGGAGAGAUAAAGAUGGAAUAAGAAUAUUUCUUAUGGUCAUUGAAGAAUGGACACUAACAAUUUGGGGAGAUUCAAACCAUACUCUUAAUAUUGAAGCAACAGAGCUAUCAUCAAAGAUGUCGUCAUUAUCAUCUACUAUGAAUGUAAUUUCUCUUCCUGAGAAUUCAAAAGAGAUUUAUUAUAUUAAUGAGUACAAGCCUAGCUCUGUAGUGCCUAUAAAUUUUUCUCUUUAUGAAUGAAGAAAUAAUAGAUCAAUUUAUCUUUAUCCAACCGAUUAUUUUUCAGGCCAAAAUCUGAAUUUUAUUGUUAAAGAGCCAUACGUAGACUAUCUUACUAUUGAAGCAUAUCCAAUUGAAAAAUUGCACUACCUUGAGACAAAAACUAUUUCUAGCAGUGUUAGAGAUGUCCAAAUUGAAAAUGGAUGGGAAAUUUAUUUUUAUGAUGAGUCCAUUUUUGGUCUAAUUAGAAAUUUUAGAGAAUUUGCAAUAAAUAUAAAAAAUCCCAAGAAAGUUUUGACUUGCUAUAACUAUCAAAUUAUAUAUUUUGAGCCUUCGAUAAAACAGUACAGCAUUUUAGCUAUAAAUGGUGAAUUUCUGACUUUUGAUAGCUUUAUAUCAGAUAUAGAGUGCUUAUUCUUCAAAUCUUGAAAUAAUUUAUUUCUAUGUGCUAAUUCCAGUCAAGUAAACUUAUAUUAUUGCAACGAAAUUCAAAUAGUAAAGUUUGCCUCAUUUGAUGCCUCAUUAAUUCAUGAAAAGCCAUGAAAUAUUACAGAUAUCACAUUUUUUAAAUGACACUAUAUCUAUAUUCUUAAUCAAGAAAAUGAAAUUAUUAUAAUAUCGAUUACAGAUAUAUAUAUAGUUGAUGCAACUUAUUAUAUUAGUCUUGUAAAAUUACUAAAACAUUUUCAAAAAAUUGUUGCUUCAGAAACUUUCAUAUAUUUAAUCAACCAAGAAUCUGUUGAUAUUUAUACAUAUCCAACAACUCUUAAUAAAACUUUAAAAACUUUUAUUACAGGAAAUGUCAUCCAAGCAUGUGCAACUUAUAAUUUACUUUAUCUUCAUAUUGCUGAUUAUUUACUGAUAUAUGAUUUCUCUGAACCUACCUUAAAUUCACUAUUUUUUAUUAAAAAACUUGGAAAAUCAGAUGUCAUUUCUAUUGAUAUACAAUAUUGGCCAAAUACAAUAUGCAUAGCCUAUGAACAAGAGGGCCAAAAAAUGUAUGAUAUGUACCAAGUGGCAUGUGAAAACAAUUCUGAAAACAAUUUAUAUAAAUGCAAAACUGUUGGCAAAGUUAUGAUUACAGCAGUCCAACCGCACUUAUUAACUGACGCCCCCCCCCUUUUAAAUUGGAACAAAAUAUAGGUAAAAUUCCACUUUUUUUGUGAGAGCGAGUAUUCGAUAUUGAUAUCAAUAAUUGCAUAUAAUGAAUUUGAUAUUAAAACAAUUGACGUACCAUUGAAUUUAAAUUCCAAUGGAUUUUAUCCUCGCUUUAAAUCUACAUAUUGGCAAAUACCGAAUGAAAUAAGCUAUGAUGAAACCUUUGAGGUUGACUUAAGUCAAGUAUUUUUUGGGCAAAAUUUGAAUUUUUCUUUAAAUAUAAAUGGACUCGACGAAAAAAAUCAAAAUAAAAUGAUAAGUCCAGCUGAAAUAGCAGAGAGAGUAGAAAAAAUUAGUGAAUAUCAUACAAAAGAUGGACUCAUUAUCUAUGACUAUAUGAUGAUCCCGAAUACAAACUUUUCAAUAAUUUUAUCAGAUGAAGGGUUUACGGUGAUAAAUUCAGCGAACUAUGUAGCCUCAUGAAAUAUAAAAAUUGAUAAAUAUACUAAUUUCAAAUAUUUAAUAAAGAACAUUUUUUGUUUUUUCAAAUAAGCGUAAAAUAGAGAAUUAUUAAAGUGAAUAAAACGAAAACAAAGUCAAUCUGGUAGGAUUUUAUAAAAAUAUUUUAAGGACAAUACUCUUUAAUAAAAUGUUUAAAAAACACAAUUAAGAUUAAUUAUAAAAAAACGUCAGUUUGUUCUUUAACAUGUAUGAAGAAAUUAAGUAUCAAAAUCCCAUUUGCAAGCAUAUGGAUAAUUUUAAAUACAUGAAAAAUGGGCUAUUACUUAUUUCGGUAUCAUGCAUUUACACUUUUGAAGAAGAAAUACCCCAAUCUGGCUGGAUAUCCAUCAACAAAUAUUCACUUUACUCAUUAAUAAUUUUUGAAUUAGACACAAUAAAUUUCAAAAUUAUUAGACUAAAAGAAAUGCCUAUUGACUAUGAUAUUUUUCACCUUAAACUUGCAACAAUUAACGACUCAUUAUUUGAAAUAAUGACUCUAUUUAAAAAUGAUUAUGAUUCAAUAAGUAUCGAAAAUAAAAACUUAAUAAGAGUAAGAGGAAUUUGGGACAUAACUGAAUUGACUUUAACUCUUACUGAGAAAAUUAAUUUUUUUACUUUAUCUCUGGUAUCAUUUUCUCCGUAUUUCAUGGACUUUAAGGUAAAAAAUGACGAUCAAGUAUAUUGAUAUUUUGGAGAGCAUCCCUCAAAUAUUAAAAUAGUUGAGACUAGCCAAAGAAACUCAUCCAAAGUCAUAAAAAAUAUAAAAAUUGAAAAUGAAUUAAACUACAUUGGCACGCUAGGUAUAUGUGGAGAUUUUCUUUUUACUAUUGAUGAGGAGAGCAACUUGAAAAAAUAUUUAAUCAGUAAUUUCACUGAACUAAAUCUCGAGGCUUUAUAUAAUUCUUAUAGCUCUGUUUUUAUUGAAUUUAUUACUCAAGUAAGUGAGCUUAUAUGCUCUGAUAACCUACAGUACGUUGUCUCAUUUUUAAAGAUGCUCAGCGAUAGCAACUAUAUAAGGGUUUGAGAUUUAAAUACAAGCAAAGUCUCCUCAAUAGUCUCAAAUGUUUAUCUAUUAUUUUUGAAUCAAAUUAAGCAUUUAUAUUAAUGCUGCUUAUGGUAAUUUUCAUAGAAAAUAAAAAAAUUUAUAAUUAAUAAUUUUUUAUAUGUUUUAUAUAGCCUAGUAUAUCAAAUAUUCAUUCAAUGAACUAUCUUGGUAGAGUUAUAUUUAUUAAUGCAAAUACAUUUAUCGCACUUGAAAGUGUUAAUGACAAUUUCAAAACUUUUCGGAUCAACCCAAGUGUACUUACUAUUAAAAAGUUGAGUAAAAAUCAAUAUUAUUCUAUGAUUAAUGAAUGAGGAAGUAAUGCUUUUGAUAUUUUUGUCACAGUAAAUAACGAAAAUGGAUCAAUACGUUCAACUCUUUUAAAGAUAAAAAGACAAGAGCCAGUAGAAGAAGGUGAUUAUGCAUGAUGAAUUUUUACUUUUGCGGUACUUGCAAUCUUAUUAAUUGCAAUAGCAGUUAUUUGUUUUUACAAAAAAUUGAAAAAAGAUAAACAAUCAAAACAACCUAUCACAAAAUCAAUUCUUAUGAAAGAAAUGAAAGUUCAUGACUAA